AUGGGCCUCGACAUUAAUCUGCGGCGCAUCCGUCGAUUGCGCGUGACCGUAGCCGCCGCAGACGCUCCAGCCAACGCGCCUCCGCCAGCCGAGGUCGUUCCGUCUCCCCGAGAUGUCUGGGAGGCCGCAGAAGCCGAUAAGCUCGCCCCGUGGUCCCAAAAAUCGUCGGAGCGCGCGUCGAGUAUAGGCGGCACGGCGGUCCCGUCCGCGGCUAUUGUUUCUGGCCGAUCUAUGCUCGCUCGGAGCAGCAGCGUCGGAUGCGGGCCCGUUAUGACGGCGGACGACGACGACGACGAGGAUUUGGAGCCUAGCGACGACGACGGCGACGACGGCGAUGACGACGACGACGACGUUUGGGCUCGUUCGCGUGCCCGUCCACAUCAGCCGGCCAAUCGCGCAGCGGUCGCACGGACCGCAUCCGACGUCACUGGCGUUUUCCCCGCCUCGGGGUCUGGAUUCGCCGCCACCGUCGCCGCCUCCUCCGCUGGCGCGGAGUUCCGCACACUUGAGCGCGCCCAUUCAGGCGACGACCCCGCUCCCGCGCCUGUCCGCCGCCCCGCGCUCUCCGCGUUUCCACGGAGUCACUCCGUCUCGGCCCCCGGCGCGCACAGCAAGCAGGUCGGCCGCGUGACAGGAGGGGGCGCCGGCAACAGCGGCAUCGGCGGCUUCCGCGGCGGCGGCGGGGGUGGAACCAAAGCAAUGAGCAGUGGCGGAUCGCGGCUUCUCAGGCGCGGAGUGAGCGAGCGCGAACCCGGAGGCGGGAACAGCAACCGGGCGCAAGGCGCGGGCGGAGGCGGAGGCGGAGCUUCCGGAAUGGAGGAAUGGAGCUGGAUGCGGCAGAACAGCCUGCGCGGAAGCGCGGCGACCCGAGCCGAGGGAGCCGCGGCCGCGGCGGAUUGGGUUCGGCAGAACAGCCUCGGCGUAACCCGAACUUCCCGCUUGGAACGAAGCUCCAGUUCCAGUCUUGAAAAGGACGGCGGAGAGGAGGCGGGGGACGGCGGGGACAGCAGCGGGGAGGAAUUGGCGGAUAACGGGAACGGGCAGCCGGCCGGAACUGCCGGCCCGGCGGGCGCGGCCAGCUGGGGCCGGCAGCAAAGUCUGCAGCACAAUUUGCGCGGUAGGUUCCCUCAGAGUCAUUCCGUGCGGGCGGGGAGCGAUGCCGGGGGAGGUGGGGAGGACGCGGAGGAAUGGGGGAGGCAGUAUAGUCUGCGCGGGGUUGGGCCGGGGGCGGGGGGUUCGAUGAUCGAGCGUCGGCGCACGCCGCGGCUGCACGUUCGGCCGGUCCCGUCGGUCGUCACUUCGUCCAUCCGCAACCCCAUGCAAAUGGCGGCGCUGCCUGGCGCAGGGGGAGCCGGCGGGGGAGGAGGCGCAGGCGGAGGCGGAGGCGGUGCGCCCGCCGCCAUGGCCUUCCCGCGCUCGCAAUCGCUGCACCCCGUCAGGCGGACGGUCGGGGGAUCCGGGGAUUGGGGAGCCGCGCGGGCCGGUUUUGCCGGGGCAGGGAGCGACGACGAGGGGGAAGCGGACGGUGAGGCGCGCCGAGCAGGUGCGGGCUGGGAAGGGGGCGCGCGGAGGCCAGGCGGAAGGAGGACCGCGGGGGGUGUUGGGGGCGGCGGGAACGACGCGGAGCCGAGGCAGUGGGAAGGGGGGGCGGUGGAGGGUGGGGGGGAAGGGGAAGCGGUGGUGUUUGAGCGCACGAGUACUGCGCCCACGGGGGAGCUGCACGCUGCGCGGUAUCGGAUGAUGGAGCGCGAGAGCCUCCGCGCAAUGUACCGCGCGGAAAGGGCGCGCAGGCGGAUGGAAGCAGGCUCCGGCGCGGGCAGCAAUGACUUCGGACGGGGGGGGUUCGGGAGCGACCGGGAGCGGGGCGGCGGAGGGAGGGCGGGCUCCGCCAGCCACCUGCGGUCGCACUCACUGUUGGCGGGGGGGGAUGACGAAGGCAGUGACGGCGGCGGAGGAGUGGGCGGGAAUGGGGGAAGUGCGGGGGUCGCAACCGCGCAAAGGGGAAGCCAUCCCUACCCCGCUGUUGGCACUUCUCUUCCGCCCAGCGCGCGCAGGCCCGCGCCUUCCCGCCACCACGCGGAAGCGGCGCAUGUCCCUGGCGGUCCGCCGCAGGGCUACCGCGACCCGUCGGCUUCCGGCGCGGCUGCUGGCGGGGGGGCGGGCGGAAGGGGCCACCGCGUUUCGUUGUCGCUAGGAGAUAUGGAGCAUGCGGCGGAGCAUGCGGGGGCGGGCGCUGGCGGGGGUGAGGCUCUCGCGGACGCGGGCGCAGGCGUAGGCGGAGGGGGUGACGGGGCUCCGGCGUGGCCCUGUCGUCCCGACGUGCUCGCGAAUAGGGGCGCGCACGCGCACGCGCACGGGCACGCUCCUGCCUAUCCGCACAAGAUUCCGCAGAGCUACAGUCAGGGCAGCGUUGGGGGUAGCCCCGCGCGCAGUCGCGCCAACAGGGGCGGCGGCGGGGGGAACAACAGCGGAGGGGAGAGCGGGGGGGAAGAAGCAGGACGGGGGAGCAGUAGGCGCGGGGGAGAGGCCAGGGGGAGUGAACUGGGAGGCUCGUUUGCAAGCAAGUUUGGUAGUGGCAGCAGCAUGAACAGCAUUAACAGUGCGUUGUGGUGUGAUGAAGGUAGGACGAGCAGCAGUGGGGAGAGGGAAUUGGGAUACGGGCCUGGAUCGAGGGGAGCAAGAAGAAGGGAGGGCUGGCGGGCGGCAUGGCUCUUGGUGCGUCAAGGUUACGUGAGUCGGCAGCUGCACGCAUGUUCAGAAGAUCGCCCUCAGUCACUUAAGGAAAAGGCUGCUUCAUUGUACGAGCAGAGCAUCCCUUGGGCCCACUGGGGUGGGUCAUCCUUUUCGCUGGUCCCAGUUCACAGCUUCGGUGUGCCUUGA